AUGAGUUCAGUGAUGGAAAAUGGCGGCUAGAUGAGUUUCUCCACUCCAACAGGGAAAGCAAAUAAUCUGGGAAAAACUCUGGAUUAACAGCAGGAAUAAGACAACAGUACUUUGCCGCGUGUCGGAUAACUUUCCUCAAUGAGAAUGUCACGCUGGGUGCCCACGAAGAAAGAGAAAUACGGUGUUGCCAUCUAUAACUAUGACGCCCGCAGUGAUGAUGAGCUGUCCUUACAAAUCGGCGACACUGUACACAUACUGGAGACGUAUGAAGGAUGGUAUCGAGGGUAUCGGCUGAGGAGAAAAUCGAAGAAGGGCGUCUUUCCCGCAUGUUAUAUACAUCUUAAGGAGGCAACAGUUGAAGGCAGUGGACAAAAGGAAACUGUCAUCCCAACUGAGCUUCCACUGGUUCAUGAGGUCACAACUACGUUGCGAGAAUGGGCGGCCAUAUGGAGGGACCUCUAUGUGGGUGACAAGCGUGAGAUGUUUAACACGGUACGGGACAUGAUCUACGACUUGAUUGAAUGGCGCUCUCAGAUUCUGUCCGGCACGCUGCCUCAGGACGAACUGUCGGAGCUCAAGCAGAAAGUCACCUCAAAGAUGGACUAUGGGAACAAAUAUCUGGACCUGGAUCUGGUAGUGAGAGAUAAAGAUGGAAAUAUUUUGGAUCCUGAUCUCACCAGCACUAUCAGUCUGUUCCGGGCACACGAAACCGCAUCCAAACAGAUCGACGCACGAAUCCAAGAAGAAAAGAAGCAGAACCCGGAUUUAAGCAGACAGGCGAAGUUUGCCUCCACGCCCUCGUUCGGCCUGUUCGUCACACUCAAAAACGUUGUGUGCAAGAUUGGAGAAGACGCCGAAGUGCUGAUGUCAUUGUAUGAUCCGAUCGAGUCCAAGUUUAUCAGUGAAAACUAUCUUGUACGCUGGUCGAGUUGUGGUUUGGUGAAGGACAUCAAUCAGCUUCAUAACCUGCGUGCUGUGUUCACUGAUUUGGGGAGUGAAGAUCUGAAGAGAGAAAAAAUCAGUUUCGUUUGUCAGAUUGUUCGAGUGGGCCGAAUGGAGCUGAGAGACAACAAUGCCAAAAAAUUAACGUCAGGUCUGCGCAGACCCUUCGGUGUUGCAGUUAUGGACGUAACAGACAUCAUCACGGGUAAAAUGGACGAUGAGGAUAAACAACACUUCAUACCAUUCCAGCCGCUAGCGUUGGAUGACGCCAUUCGCCACAGGCAGCUGAACAUCUCACGUUUUUCACCCAGGGUGGCGGGCGAGAACGACUUCCUCCAGACCGUCAUCAACAAGGUCAUCGUUGCCAAAGAGGUCAAUCACAAAGGUCAAGGUUUGUGGGUGACACUAAAGUUGCUUCCAGGUGACAUUCAUCAGAUUCGUAAAGAUUUCCCUCACCUGGUGGACCGAUCCACUGCUGUUGCACGCAAAAUGGGCUUUCCAGAAAUCAUCAUGCCAGGUGAUGUCAGGAAUGAUAUAUAUGUGACGCUGGUUCAGGGGGAUUUUGAUAAGGGCAGUAAGACGACACCCAAGAACGUGGAAGUCACCAUGUCUGUGCAUGAUGAAGAUGGCAAGAAACUGGAGAGCGUAAUCUUUCCUGGCGCUGGAGAUGAAGGAAUUAUGGAGUAUAAAUCUGCCAUCUACUAUCAGGUCAAACAGCCCCGCUGGUUUGAAACCUUCAAGGUCGCAAUCCCGAUUGAAGAUGUGAACCGGAGUCACCUUCGAUUCACAUUCAAACACAGAUCAUCACAAGACUGCAAAGAUAAAUCUGAGAAGAACUUUGCUCUGGCCUUCGUCAAACUGAUGAGAUAUGACGGCACGACGCUUCGUGAUGGAGAACACGAUCUCAUCGUCUAUAAGGCCGAAGCCAAGAAAUUGGAGGACUCCUCUAUGUACCUGAACUUAUCUUCUACCAAACCAGAGAUGGAGGAGAAGAGUCCGUCCACAGGGAAGAACACGCAGAGUCUCGGCAGCUUCAGCAUCAGCAAAGACUCGUUUCAGAUCUCAACGCUCGUGUGCUCCACUAAACUCACGCAGAACGUCGAUCUCCUGGGGCUUCUGAAGUGGAGGUCCAAUACCAGUUUACUACAGCAGAAUCUCCGUCAUCUGAUGAAGGUGGAUGGAGGUGAAGUGGUCAAGUUUUUACAGGAUACCUUGGAUGCCCUGUUUAACAUAAUGAUGGAGAAUUCAGACAGUGAAACAUUUGAUACCCUCGUGUUUGAUGCUCUGGUCUUCAUAAUCGGACUGAUUUCGGAUAGAAAGUUCCAUCACUUCAAUCCGGUUUUGGAGACGUACAUCCGCAAGCACUUCAGCGCCACCCUCGCUUACACCAAGCUGAUGAAAGUGUUGAAGAACUAUGUGGAUAAUGCUGAGAAGCUCACGGACCAGCUGCUAAAAGCUCUCAAGGCUUUGGAGUACAUCUUCAAAUUCAUCGUGAGAUCUCGGGUCCUCUUCAACCAGCUGUAUGAGAAUAAAGGUGAAAGUGACUUCAUGGAGUCCCUCAGGAGCCUGUUUGCCUCGUUUAAUGCCAUGAUGAACAGCAAUGCAGACAGUUCAGGAGGGGUGAAGGGUACGGCACUGAAAUAUCUCCCCACUAUUGUCAAUGAUCUCAAACUGGUAUUCGAUCCAAAGGAGCUCAGUAAGCUGUUCAGUGAGUUUAUUCUCAAAGUUCCUCUGGGCCGUCUGGUGAAGCAGAAGUUGAUCUGCAUGAUUGACAUUGUCCACAGUGACCUCUUCACUCAACAUGACUGCAGGGAAAUCCUGUUGCCUUUGAUGACGGAGCAGCUGAAAUUUCACCUGGAGAAUCCGGACGAGCUGGAGUCCUGCUGUCAGUUACUCAGCAACAUCCUGGAGGUCCUCUACAGAAAAGAUGUUGGUCCGACACAAUGGCACGUCCAGGUCAUCAUGGAGAAGCUGUUAAGGACGAUCAACAGAACGGUGAUUUCCAUGGGCAGAGACUCUCAGCUCAUUGGCAGUUUUGUAGCGUGUAUGACGGGCACUUUGCGGCAGAUGGACGAUUAUCACUACACACAUCUCAUCAGCACUUUUGGAAAGAUGCGCUCGGAUGUGGUGGAUUUCCUCAUGGAGACAUUCAUUAUGUUUAAGGAUCUCAUUGGAAAAAAUGUCUAUCCUGCCGACUGGGUCAUAAUGAACAUGAUGCAGAAUAAAGUUUUCCUGAGAGCCAUCAAUCAGUACGCCUCUGUACUCAACAAGAAGUUUCUGGAUCAGACCAACUUUGAGUUGCAGCUUUGGAAUAACUACUUCCACCUCGCCGUGGCGUUUCUUACCCAAGAGUCUUUGCAGCUAGAGAACUUCUCCAGUGACAAACGGGCUAAGAUCUUCCAAAAGUAUCAAGAUAUGAGGAGACAGAUUGGAUUUGAGAUAAGAGACAUGUGGUAUAAUCUGGGUCCACACAAGAUUAAGUUUAUUCCUGAGAUGGUCGGUCCGAUUCUGGAGAUGACUCUGGUUCCAGAGAUUGAGCUGCGCAAAGCCACGAUCCCCAUCUUCUUUGACAUGAUGCAGUGCGAGUUUCACUUCAGACGCUGUUUUCAGAUGAUCCAGACAGCUCCAGUGAACAAGGAAAACUAUGUUUACAGGUUUGAAAAUGAGAUCAUCACCAAACUGGAUCACGAGGUGGAAGGAGGACGAGGAGACGAGCAGUACAAAAUCCUCUUUCAAAAGAUUCUGUUGGAGCACUGCAGGAAACACAAGUAUCUGGCUAAGACUGGUGAGACAUUCGUGACACUGGUGGUCCGUCUCUUAGAAAGACUUCUGGACUACAGAACCAUCAUGCAUGAUGAGAACAAGGAGAACCGCAUGAGCUGUACUGUUAACGUCCUGAAUUUCUACAAGGAGAUUGAAAGAGAAGAGAUGUAUAUUAGGUACCUGUAUAAACUGUGUGAUCUGCACAAAGAGUGUGAUAACUACACAGAAGCUGGAUACACACUACUGCUGCACGCCAAACUCCUCAAGUGGUCUGAAGAGGCGUGCGCCGCUCACCUGACGCAGAGAGACGGGUAUCAGGCGACCACUCAGUGUCAACUCAAAGAUCAACUUUACCAAGAGAUCAUCAACUACUUCGACAAGGGCAAGAUGUGGGAGGAAGCCAUCAUCCUGGGGAAGGAGUUAGCCGAACAGUACGAGAAUGAGAUGUUUGACUUUGAACAGCUGAGCGCUUUGCUGAGAAAGCAGGCUCAGUUUUAUGAGAAUAUUGUGAAAGUGAUCAGACCAAAACCGGAUUACUUCGCUGUGGGUUAUUAUGGGCUGGGCUUCCCUUCAUUCCUCAGGAAUAAGAUGUUCAUUUAUCGGGGUAAGGAGUAUGAGCGGCGAGAGGAUUUCGAGGCGAGACUGCUCACUCAGUUCCCCAACGCUGAGAAGAUGAAGACCACCACUGCACCCAGUGAAGAUAUCAAAAACUCUACUGGACAGAACAUUCAGUGUUUCACAGUGAAACCCAUUUUAGAGCUGCCACCAAAGUUCCAGAAUAAACCUGUGUCAGAACAGAUUGUGAGCUUUUACACUGUAAACGAGGUCCAGAAAUUCCAGUAUUCAAGACCAGUCAGAAAAGGAGAGAAAGAUCCGGACAAUGAGUUUUCAAACAUGUGGAUUGAAAGGACAACUUACGUAACCGCUUAUAAACUGCCCGGCAUCCUGCGCUGGUUUGAAGUUUUGUCUGUCUCGGCGGAGGAGAUCAGUCCUUUAGAAAACGCUAUGGAGACCAUGCAAUUGACCAAUGAAAAAAUCAACAACAUGGUUCAGCGUCACCUUACUGACCCCAGCCUUCCCAUCAACCCCCUCUCCAUGCUUCUCAAUGGCAUCGUGGACCCAGCCGUCAUGGGCGGAUUCACCAAUUAUGAGAAGGCCUUUUUUAAUGACAAAUACACCCAGGAACAUCCUAAUGACCAGGAGAAGAUUGAAAAACUGAAGGAUCUGAUCGCUUGGCAGAUCCCGUACCUGGCUGAAGGAGUUCGUAUUCAUGGUGAAAAGGUGACGGAGGCCCUGCGACCGUUUCACGAGCGGUUGGAGGCGUGUUUCAAACAACUUAAGGAGAAGGUGGAGAAACAGUAUGGCGUCAAAGCACUACCUCCCAUGGCAGAUGAGCGGCGGGGCAGUCGGCCGCGGUCCAUGGUUCGCUCUUUCACCAUGCCGUCGUCUCAGAGACCUCUGUCUGUCGCAUCUGUGACCUCCCUAUCAUCAGAUAACUCACCUUCAAGACCGGGAUCAGAUGGCUUCACUUUGGAGCCUCUCCUACCCAAGAAGCUGCACAGUAAGUCUCAGGACAAACUGGAUCGAGAUGAACCGGAGAAGGAGAGGAAGGAGAAAAAGAAGGAGAAGAGGAACAGUAAACAUCAGGAGAUGUUUGAUAAGGAGCUGAAGACCGCUGACGUAACCCUGCAGCCCAGUGAAGCUGUUAUACUCUCAGAAACAAUCAGCCCAUUGAGACCACAGAGGCCGAAGAGUCAGGUGAUCAACCUGAUGGGGGAGAAAAGACUCUCGGUGUCCCCAGGACCUCCAGCGAACUCGACAUCAUCUUCUGUCCCUCCACCUAUCACUCCACGGGCAAAACUACAGUUCAGCUUACUAUCCGGAUCCAAUCUUGAGCUGAAUGGGACGAGUUAUGGAGAUAAGGGUGAGAUUCCGCCCCCACUUCCUGUCAAAAGCAGCAUGGGUGACUAUGGAAACCUAAUGGAUUACUCAGACCCGGCCAGUCCGACUACGCCCCCUCCACCACCACCUCAUCUUCGGCACCUUCCUCCACCUUUACCCAGCAAGACCCCUCCUCCACCCCCUCCAAAGACCACACGGAAACAGACUUCCAUCGACUCGGGAAUCGUCCAGUAAGCGAGAAGACAAUUUCACCAAAUAGAGAUAGCGGCGUCGCCACCCUUUCAAUGAUUUUUACAUCAACAUUACUGACAGCAUAUGAGAGGAAGACCUCAUCUCUGCUCUUCCUCUGAGCGCCUGAUCGUUCAUCAGAAAUCUGUGUACUGCUGAAGAAUCACUCAGAGUCUGAAAGUGAUAUGAACUGCGGGAUGUGCUUUUAUUGCAAAUGAUUCAAGGCAUCAGCAAAACAUCCGACUCUUUGCCACUGAGAGCAAAUACAGAUGCAGCGUGGCUGGAAAUUUGGGGUAUUUUUAGGCAGAUGGUCCACUUGAGAUGAAUUGAGGUUGUUGAGAACGUGGUCAGAAAAUGGUUUUAUUAAUAAGACACAAGGUUAUUUCAAACCACAAAAGCGCAUAAUCAAAGUUCUCCCCUUUUUUUAUCAUUUUUACAUAAUAUUUUUAUCCUCAUUAUAUACACAUUUAUGUACAGAGGUUUGUAUAUAUGAUUUUAUUUUAUUUUUCCUUUCUUUCUUGAAAGGAAAUGUUAUCCUUUUUGUAUUCGUGGUGCAUUAAUGUAAUUGGCAUUUUAAUUGAUAAAGGGCUUAUUGAGGGGCAGUAUAUUAAAAGUAUCUUUCGUUAUUUUGAUAUUUUUUAUGUCAUUGUUUUUCUUUUUCUCAUUUGAGGUGAAACAUUUUUAUGUCAUUGUUUCAGUCUUGUGUACAAACCAUAUAAUAUCGACACCAUGUGUAUCAAUAACAUUGACUGCUCCAAAUUCACUACUGACUUCUGAAUAAACUCAAUGUAUGUAUUUGUAUAACAGUUCUUGUCUGUCUUAAUAUUUAAUCAUCUGCAAUACUUACAUUAGCUCAAAUGUCAUCUUUGGGUGUCAAUCACCUCCUGGUUGUGAAUACUGUGGGUUUGGAUACUGGUAAGGACACACUGCACAUUGGAAACUGCUCAUUUAUUUUCUGAUCACGGAUAUUU